AUGGAUAAUGUGUCUAGUGUAAUACGUUUUGUUCUUUCAGGAUUUAAUGAGACAAUGAAUUUUAGCGUACCCCUCUUCUCAUUCACUUUACUCUAUUAUUGUGUGAUUUUAUUUGUCAAUAUUUCUCUUGUGCUGCUCAUUUUCUUUGAUGCAAACCUCCAUGAACCCAUGUACAUUUUACUGAGCAGCUUUUGCAUUAAUGCACUUUAUGGGACCACAGGUUUCUACCCAAAAUUCCUUUCAGACUUACUGUCAUCUUCUUAUAACAUCUCAUAUGAAGGAUGCAUACUACAAGCUUUUAUCAUGUACUCAUUCGGCUGCUGUGAAUUGUCCAUUUUAACUGUCAUGGCCUUUGACAGGUAUCUGGCUAUAUGUCGACCUCUGCACUACCACUCUUUCAUGACUAAGAGGAGGCUCUCUCAGCUGGUGUGUUUCUCCUGGCUAACACCUUUAUGCAUGUUCUCCAUCAAUAUCAUAUUAACAUCAAGAAUCAAGUUAUGUGGUAUAAACAUACAGAGAGUCUUAUGUGUAAACUGGGUAAUUGUUAAACUUGCUUGUCCUGAAGCUGACACCCUUUCAAACAACAUCAGUGCAUAUGUAAUAGUUGUCUUUUAUCUGUCUCACUCGCUUUUCAUAAUUUGGACUUACAUAUAUCUUAUUAAAACAUGUGCGAGGUCCAGCGAGGACAGGGUAAAGUUUACGCAGACCUGUGUACCACAUCUGAUCUCUUUGAUCAUAUUUCUCACUGUAAUGUCUUUUGAUUCGAUGUACUUGCGAUAUGGCUCCAGAGAUUUACCCCAAAGCCUCCAAAACUUCAUCACUCUUGAAUUUCUCAUCAUCCCUCCAGUUAUGAAUCCUCUCAUGUAUGGAUUUAAACUCACCAAAAUACGAAACAGAAUCUUGAGUUUAAUUUAUUUGAAAAGCAAAUGA